ACUCCCCCGUUUUCAUCCCUCAAUUAUCCACGCCGUUGGCUCAAAAUCAUCUCAACUAUCUUUCAACCUCCAACAACACAUCAACGUCAACAUCUCGACCCAAGCUCACUCACCAUGGUUUUCCCUCCGCCAAAUCGUCGGGCGCAGUUUCGCUGGGGGGUUGAAAAUGAGUUGGGCUAACUCGAAAGGAUGCCUUUUUCAACCUCGACCACCAAUCAACUUGCCCAUCUCGCAGCCUUAUUCGGUACGAGAUACCUUCACAUUGUCCUACCUACCCAUUGUGGACUCCCAUUGUCGGGCCUCUUUAAUCUAUUCCACUAUGCCUCACCUUUCAUCUUCCAAUCCCUUCCCCGUCUGCUUCAUCACUUCCAAACCUUCGCCACCAAUCUGUCAUCUCAACCUCAUCAAUAACUACAGCUAUCAUCCUCGUUUGGCUGAGAGCGGGGUGUACUAGCCCGCCUCCCGUCGCAUUGCAACGCCAUUGGGAAAUUUGCAUCAAGGAUUCACCAUGGACGGUUUAUCAAACCAGGGCUUGGGUCGCGCGAAUAGUGACCAGAUCGUCGAGAGUAACGAAAACAUCGACCUUGGCAACCUCCCACGAUUGAAUGACCCUACCGACUGGGAGCUGAAGCAGCUAGAGGAACAGCAACGCCGCGGAAGCAGUCUCCAAGUAGCGAACUGGCUCCAUCAUCAACCAAAUUCUCAGCCAUCACAGAACACCUUUAUCACUUCCCGAUCUCUACCUCAACGCCAACUUGAUAACCAAAGAGUUAUUGGCCGUGUCGAUGAUGUUCUCCAAGGAGGCCGCAGGCCAUCAACUCAGGCAAUUGGUACACCAAGUACGACGGGUCCGCACAAUCGGUUCUUCAUCCUAUCGAACAAUGUUACAUCCAUUGAUGAACGAUUGAUGCAAAGACCUAGGCCUUCAUCACAAUCUUUCCUGCCAUUUGGUACCCCUUCCGACAGACAAAUAAGAUAUACCGACAAUGGUAAUCAUGACGAAGGAAGACCUCCAGGCUUAGCAACACCUCAAGGUUCUUCAGCUUUCACUACUCCAUCUGGACCGCAUACGCGUGGUACUUACAAGCAAUCCCCCGGUCCGGAAUCCCAACAGACAGCUUGGUCGGUAGCCGGCACAGACACAUCUUCAGGCUCGAGGAAAGUGCCUAAGCGCCAAAACAGUCGCUCAACUGACGAUGAAGCCACUGGCAAAUAUCAACACGCAAAGCGGUACAGGUCAGGACAAAAGAGCCAAUCGGUACACCGUGCAUCUGCAGCGUCAUCUGGUUCUUCCAGACUUCCCCAGCAAGGCACAAGUGUGCCACUGCAAACCAUCGAGGAUACACAAGAGUCUCAACGGCAGACUCGAAAUCUGCAACCAUUGUCAGCUUCCAGUGGAUCAAAUUCAACCAAUGUUCGGAAAGACGGUCCUGUACGUGGGCGCCCAAACAAUUUGGUCACGCCUGAGGAUUUUAUAGGCGCUUGCGAGACAUGUUUCUUCUGGCUAUUCGAGCCAAAGCGCUUGUCGUCUCCUGAAAGGCAUGCAUGCUCAGGCCGCAAGGAUGAAAUAUCACACAUUGUCACCCACGCCGCCGAUCAUCAUGGUCUUAUUCGUGGAAAAGAUCCAUACUAUACUGCUCGCAAAUACCUGACAAGUUGUCAAACUUUCGACCCUUUCAUCAAAGCGAAAGGAAACUGUGGCAAAUGUGACUCAUUGCACGAGUGGCAGGGACAGGAUUUCUCAAAUCAAGAGCAUUACGGCAAUGCCCUCUGCUUGCGAUGCUGGCGCACGUUUGAUAAGAAGGGCAUGCAAGAUCAUAUGGUUGAACCAUUAUGUGAUUACAAUGCGGAGCAGCCAAAGGAGAAGAAGGUCUAUAUUCUAUACACCACCUUCUGUUCGGUUACCGUAAAGCCCAGCGGACCUCCUAAAAACAUGCCACCACGCAAGUCCAACUAUCGAAGCCUGGCAAACAAGUACAAUCGCACCAACCCGAGACAGCAAAACAACAACAACAACCAGACACAUCGCCGGCCCGCCACGGAACAGCCCACUCGCGAUCUUCGCCCUGCUGCAUCAAAGGUAUCCCAUGGACAGGGCAAAGCAAAGGCACCUUCAACAUCCACAGUCUCUCCAGCGACCCAGAACCGGUCACGGGCAGAGAGGCCCAACCAGUUUCCUCAACAAGCUACGAGAAAUCCACCGAAUCUACAUGCGGCGCCACCACAUCCUUCAUCAUGGCAGCAACCAAGUGCCCAGCAACCUUCCCAACCGCCAAUUUCCCCGAUGAUAUAUAACACCUCACCAGAGCUUGUCGCAGGUAUGGUGAAGAAUAUGCGAAGAAACGGGAUUCAGGAGGUCACUCAAUCUCCCUACUCGCCAGUGAGCCAAGCAACUUCCUUUGGAAGUCGGCAAGGUGGAUCUGCCGGUUACAGUUUUCAGUCACAACAAGCGCAUCCACAACCUCAGACUCAGGCACAGGCACAGAGCAUGCUUCCCCCUUCUUACCCCUACUCGAGUUGGCAGCCAUCAUUCCAACAGACUCCUUCGCAAGCAUUCUCGCAGGACCCCUCUCAAAAUGGCGAUUUCACCCUGCUUCAACCUGCAUCUACACAAAGCAACUUGUCACAACAGCCUUUUGAUACAUUCUUGAUGCAUAAGACGACUACAGGCGAUCGUCAAGGAUCACGUAUGCAAGGGCCAGCAAGUAUGCAUUCGCCAAUCUAUAAUGAUGAAAAUAAAAUGCUCCUGGGGGCGUGUUUCGACGCUGCAACUGCAGACCCGAAUUUCUUCCAGGACAUGGCAAUGCCAUAUAAUGAUAGAGAUGCGAUAGUAUCACUGUCUGAUAUAGUGUCCCAGGUUCAGUCCACUGCUUCAAGGGUGCCAUCUACCGCUGGCGAAUCCAUGGGGCUCAUGCAACGGUCACCCAAGGUCGAGGAGAAACUGUGGCUGGAUCAGCAGUAUGAUGAUUUGAAUGAUAUGAACUUUGACCACAUGGGGUCUAACCCCGAGCUUCGAGUCACUGUCGAGAUGGUCGAGCCUCAAUUUCAUCAACCAGAAGAAGGGCUUCAGGAUCUGAAGCCCGACGGUCAAAUAUCGUCCUUGCUCCGCAGUGCUCUAGAACAGGAUUCAGGUUACCGCACCCAAUCAGGGAUAUUCGAUGGGGACCCAAACACCAUGUUCAAAUAAAGAAAAGCUCGAAGUAAUCCUUAUGACCAUCAUUCGUUUGUUUUCCAGCAACCUUCUUCCCUUACUUUUCUGUCUUUGUUGGACAUUUCUUUGGCUAUUUUCUUGGUUGUGCGGGGAAAAAAGAUGUUGAAGCAUAUAUAUCAUAUACUUCGAGGGCAUCGCAGUUCUUUUGGUUCUUCUAUUCUUCUGGUCGAUAGACCUACUUUUAUAUCUUGGUUCAGUAUCUAUGUCACGGCACAGGCGUGUUGCGGGUUACGAGGCGCUUUUUCUUAACGAUUUAGAUGAGUUUGGACACGACCUCUUGAUGAGAUUUCUUUUAUAUGGCAUGGCUCGCGCCAGUAUUCCCAGACUAAAUUGUUUCUAUUCGACUGUGUAUUGUUUUAGCCAUGCAAUCCAGAUAACGCUAGAUAAAAAGUAAAAGGUUGAAAACUUUGCUCCC